GUGCUGACAGCCGAUAGCGGCCAGAGUAAAAAAGAAAAAUUUAAGCUUACCGUUCUUAGCGGGACUUCUGAGGAAACUCCCAGAUUCUCAGUGAGAGUCACGACUGGCAGAAAUGAGAAAAAUAGCUACAGUGGUUAAUAAAAAAGAAGCGUCCUUUGAAUCACGUGGCUGCUCUUUUUACCCGACAGAUGCCUCUCAGUACACCCCUUAAAAAAAAAAAAAUCAUCCCGAAGGUCUCCAUUAUUUCUCUAUGCCUCCACUGUUCAUAUUAAAAGGGGGCAUUGAUUAACCAAAACUGGAACGAGCUAGCCGUAUGCUAAAGAAGGCUAAAAAAAGAAAAAGAACUGAUUAUAAACACUGGCGCCAUAGAUGCCGGCGCUUCUACGAAACUCAUUACCAAGCAUCACUUGCCUGCAUGAACGCAUAGAUGCGAUAGAUCUGCUUGUUUUGCAAACGCGACAGCUGAGCUAGCGCAGGCUAGCGGCGCCCUCGACGUGGUUGCACAGCUGCCUGAGCAAUGCGAAAAUUAUGCUACGUGGUGUUUCAAGAGUAGCGCGAGUCGACUGAACCAAAUAAAUACCGAAACCUUUCGACUCGGAAGCAUGGGUGAAGAGGGGUUGCUGGAGCUGGACUGCACUGUGCAGAAGUAUCACUGGGGCAAGAGGGGACCGUCCAGCUUAGUGGCGCAACUGGCAUCGGAGGGGCACCACCUGACAUCCAUCGAGGAAUCAACCACAUAUGCUGAGCUGUGGAUGGGAACACACCCCUCAUGUCCAAGCAAGAUUCGAGGCACGGAUAAGACGCUGGCUUCAUACAUCACAGAGCAUCCAGAAUGCCUUGGCGGCAGUGUUCGGGCUAUCUUUGGUGCACAGUUGCCAUUCCUCUUCAAAGUACUCUCAGUAGGCUCACCCCUGUCCAUACAAGCACAUCCAACCAAGGUGCUGGCCAAGAAGCUGCAUGAGGCGCAUCCCAACCUGUACCCAGACACAAACCACAAGCCUGAGAUUGCCAUUGCCCUGACAGAGUUUGAGGCCUUCUGCAACUUCCGCCCUCUGCAAGAAAUUGCGCAACUCCUGAAAGUACUGCCGGAGCUGCGUGAGGUGCUUGGGUCACUGGCAGAGCAACCAUUGGCAUCAAAGGCCGAGCUGCACGCCUGGUUCAAAGCUGUCAUCACUGCGCCGGCCGAAGUCUUUCUUCCUCAACUGGAGAAACUAGCCGAUAGGUUCAGGAAAAAUGUGGAGACUGUGGGAGUCCCUCAUGAGCUUAUCAAUGUGUUCCUGCGGGUACACACCAGUUACCCAGAUGAUAUUGGCUGCUUCGUCAUCUUCUUCCUCAACUACGUGAAGCUACGGCCUGGAGAGGCCCUCUUUUUGGCUGCAAAUGAGCCGCAUGCCUAUAUCUUUGGUGAUUGCGUGGAGUGCAUGGCAUGCUCAGACAACGUAGUGCGAGCAGGGCUGACACCCAAGCACAAGGAUGUGGAGACCCUGUGUUCCAUGCUGAGCUACAACUCGGUGCCCCUGAGUCAAGUGCGCUUUCCUGCUGUAUCCACGAACCUUGAAACAUGUUGCUUCUCGCCUCCAAUCACCGAUUUUGCUGUCAACAUGAUCAAGAUUAUGCCCAACACCACCUUCCUCCUAAAGGGUAUCGGCUCUGCAAGCAUCCUGUUGGUGAUUCAUGGCGAGGGCAAGAUAGGGAGUGUGAAGCUGAAAAAGGGCAGCAUCCUCUUCCUGGCGGCAGAAAAGGCCCGCACUAUUGUCUCUGCCAGUAGUAUGUGCAUGUACCAGGCAUUCUGCCCUGUCUGAACUAUGGGGGUGCAUCGUGCCAUAGUGGGCUUCCUUGAGGCCCCACUAGUUGGGAGCCCCUUUCUUUGGCCUUGACAGAAGUCCUCUUCUAAGAAACUCACUCAGAAGGACUGAAAUGCAUAGGCAACAAUGUGUGAACAUGUGUCUUGUCCUGCUCAAGGCCAGAGCUGUAAUGUGUCAGCUACACUACUGCUGCGAUGUUGCGGCCAACUUGCCGCAUUUUUCGUAUGAAUGGCUGUCCCACUCUGGCAAAGUGCUGCAUCAUAUGUGGGCUUAAAUUUGUGGCAUACUGGAAAUCCUUGUUAAGUUCUUCGUUCAUAUCGAUGCCAAGUUCUACGCUUACAGUAAAAAAAAAUGCUGCAGGACUUCAUUCAAAAAUGUACUAUUUAUUUUUAUAUGGGAAAGGUUCUGCUGCAUACAGUAACUUAUUUACUACAGCAGCCCAUCAUUCCUAUAACUGUUUAUCUAAAUAUUAGCUCUUGUGCUCCUUAUAGUUAUUGGCUCUUGGAUCAAUAUUAUACAAACAACUUUGCUACUAUAACGAAGUCGUACUUACAACAGGAAUUUGUUCAUUAUAUUCAGUAUUCAUCAUGAGUGUAGAAACAAAAGUUAACACGAGAAAAAUUCCAAAGUUGGGCUGCAAAGUUAUACUACACUUGUAUCUAAAUAUAAGCACGAGUACUACAUAUACAAUAGAACCUCGUUGAUACGAUCCCAUUUUGUACUACAGUUAAACCUCAAUAUAACGAAGUCAGUAAAAUCGGCAAUUCGCUUCAUUGUAUUGAAAUUCGACCUUUUAUACAAAUAAGUACAGUCGCCGAUCGAUUUUUCUUACAAAUAAAAAGGGGCCGUAGACUUUUCCAAAUUAUUGGGCAAUAAAAGAAAAGCUAACUUGAAUGAGAAAACAAUUCAUUUUGAUGAAUUUGGGAGUCGGCGACAAAUGAUACAGUUUCAUGCCACGUUGACGAUAUCUUUACACAACGGCGGCCUGAAUUAAGCGAAGCUAGCCACGCUUUUGCGCGCACUCCACCCCCGCGGCUGAUAGAGUUGCCCGCACUAAGACGACGCUAUCAUGAAAAGCGCCAGCAGCGGGGAGUGAAUGCUUGGUUUGCCUCUUGCUCCAACGGGUCACCGAAACUCGAGAUUAUGCAAUCUCCAAUACUAAACAUGCGGGAAGACAGCUUACAUGAUCUCACACCACCAUGACACACCCACUCUUUGCACACGCGGUAGAUUACCUCUGAAGCAGGAUGCACGGCUGCAUAUGCGCUCAGCCACACAUACAGCCAUGUGCAGCCACGGCCGAGAUGUGCGCCAGAAAUUGAUACGUGCAUAAAAUUGCCGCCCCCCCCCCUCACUUGUGCUUGAUCACGUUACCGCGAGCGCACUCCCCUCCUCCUCUUUCUCUCUGCUCACAUGGGAAGGUGGCACUCGUGAAGCCACCAUCUUUGUUUCACCCUUGCACACUUUCACACACACGAUAGGAUCUUAUAGCGCUUGAACUUUAUAUGGAACAUGAUACGACUCCACUUCGGCGAUCGCUCUUGUUGUGGGGCGCGUCAUUUGAAAGGUGCAUUUGCAAGCAGCUGCUUGUAAUUCAAUAAUUUGGCCAUCUGCGUCAUCAGAAGUUUCAAUUUGUUGUCGCGGCGUUCCUUUGCGGCAGCAGUGAAAUUUCAUUGUAUUGAAAUCGCAUACAAACACACUUCGUUAUAUUGAGGUACUAAAUAUGUGGUGUUUUAUGGAUAAGAGGUUAUGAAAAGUAAACUACUUAGUUAUAUCAAGAAUCUUGUUAUAUUGAAGUUCGUUAUAUCGAAGUUUAACUGUAUUUCCCAGUGCCACCAUUAUCGUUAGAGAACACACACAUACAAACAAAAAGAUCCAAUACAAUCUUGAUUCUUUUUUAAAGGGACCCUGAAAUGAUUUCAACGAUCUUGUACAAACGUAUCGAGUCGUUCGAUCACGUGCUCACUCCUAGAGAACCGGUAGUAGAUGACAUGAUGUGCCAUCAUGACGCAGAGCCAGUGAAGGCGGAGCUUAGCCUCGAUCACUUCGCAAACGAGUUGAGGAGAAAAUUCAUGGCUAUGAAGGAGGGUAACUUUUAAUCGUCCAUAGCUCUCUUAAUAUGAGAUGCUUAACACAAAUUGUGGUGUGAAUGAUUAACUUUAGCUGUAUCCUAUGCAUCUACAAAAUUUGUCCGCACCAUUUCAGGGGCCCUUUAACAGUUAAUAUGUUCCUACAAAUCUUCCAGCUCCAACGUUCAACACGUCACCAAACUGUGACUGAUGAUGUGUUUUUCAGCUGCUAGAUUCUGUGUAAACAUGAAAAGGUGCUAGGCGCACGUAGUUGAAAACAGUAGGCAGUUACCAAGGCAGCUUCCCUGCAGCACUUGCCUGCCCAUGUCACAUGAAAAUGCCAGUACACCCUCAGUUUCCUCCUCCGAUACCAGAAAAUCUCCUCGGGAAUUUUCGCACGUCGCAUUCAUAGCUAUAGCUGCCAAUCCUGUUGUGAUAAGCAUCUUCACCUAUCUGUUUCACAGCACGUGUGGCAUAGUGCCAUUUGAAGUGAGUGUACUACAUGCUUUUAAUAGGCAAUAACCCAAAUGCACUGCCGUUCCCUGCUGCAGGUGGCGCAAAAUGAGCAUCAUAUUUUGCUCUGGCAGCAUCGUAUUCUGGCAUCGUCCACCAACUUGAUUUUGUUUUGAUUUACCGUCGCGGUUUUAGAACACUAUGCAACAGGAAAACGACAACAUGCAUCUCAGUAUACUUAGGCCUCGCCAGCUCGAGGCAUGUCGGCAUCUCAUACCGCAAUGAUUCUCACCUGUGUUGGUGCAUCAAAACUUUCUACCAAAAUUUUCCGCUUGAAGAAGCUGCUGCCCCAGGUCGGAUUCGAGAGGCACCAACACCAUAAGGUUGCUGAAGCAGCAAAAGUGACAAUGUGCGUCUCUGGCUACCUAGGCCCUUUACCAGCUCCAUGCCUGCUGGCGUCAUAUGCUGCAGCAAUUUGGCAUUAUGUAGAUGUCAUAUAUAGUUCAGUCAACCAAACUUUUUUGUGACUAUGGAUCAUACGUCUUCCUGACUGGUACGUUUCCUCUCACAUUUUUUUCCAAAACUGUAUGAAUGAGGUUCUACUUAUUCUUCUGCUGAAAUUGGCAUCAAAAAAACACAGAGCCAAAAAUCUGCUUCGAGAGCAGAACAGCUAAUACUGAAUGAAAUACUAUCAGUGGAGUGGUUGCCACUAUUUACACAGACUGCGUCUGCUUUUGUCUGCAUCUGCUUCAUAGGGGCUGCACUUUGUACCACAAAGGGCCCCUGGAAACCAUUUCGAUCACCGGCAUUCCACAAACCAAGCCAAAGCUUUGUGCAUGAUAAAGCGGAAAACGAUUGGUGUUAUGUUAAGAGACAGGAAGAGGGCGGUAUGGAUUGGAGAGCAGUGUAGCCGAUAGUGUAUAACUGAGAUUAAGAGGAAUGAGUGGAGUUAGCUGGGUCGCGUAAUGCACAGAGAAGAUAAUCGGUGGUCUGUUAGAGCAACAGAAUGGGAGUGCCGGGGGAAAGAAGAUGCAGUUGAGGACAGCAGAGGAACCAGGAAUUUCGCAGACAUGGAUGAAGUCAGAUUACAUAAGAGAAGGGUAAUCAGAGAGGCAGAGCUGUUUAGCAUCCUUUAAGGCAAAGCAGCUGGUGGGAAGUUGGAAUUUGUGCAACAUUUAAGUGUAAACAAUGGCUUUUAGUAUACUUUGAUGGCACCUCCAGGAGCCCAAAGGGGCAACGGGGCUACCAGAGCUGGAAUCCGGACUGGUUCGUGGGUUCCAUGCUCGCCGAGGCCUUCGUGUGCCAGGGGCAUGCAUGUGUGCCCUCCAGCACACCUCGCCUCGGCAGCUCCAACCUACAGACUGUCGUAGUUCCAGCCCCCCCACCCCACGAGACCCUGUGCCGCUGUCCACUUUAUUUAAUCUCAGAUGCUCUCCUGCAACCUCUGUUUGCUGGUGUUGUUUUUAUCUUAGCGUGCUAAAUGGUCUCAUAGGACGAAAUAACACAGUAAAUGUAAAUUUCUUCCGUAUACUAAAUAAUGACACAUUCUUUACACUUAGUACUUGUGCAAAUUCUCACUUACCACCGGCCGCUCCGCCAUUAAAAGACGUUGACAACAACUCCGCCAUUGAAGAUUGCUGGCAGAGGCCUUAAAAAAAGAAAAAUUUGCUUAUACCGCAAGGCUGUGACACCUUUCAUUUUUUUUUAAAUGGUACCAUUAUGCAUCUACCUGUACAUCUUCUGAAUGUCUUUGUUGGUUAGCCAAUGGCAUAGGCUUAUUUUCUUCUUUUUAAUACUGCAUGCAUGAUAUUUGAAGUUAACCUUCAACAACAUCUAGACUAGGGUGUGAUAAAUAUAGUGAUAACACACAUAGAACAUAUGUUACGGUGAUAAUUUAGGAAAUAACUAUAGAAUGGAGUGUUGUCUUGCUGAUUAUUUUUUUAUAAUUUUUUAGAAAUGUGAAUGCCUACUAUGAACUUGACUAUUUUUCUUGUAGUUCAUCAUUUUGCACUUGACUUUUGUAAUACAUGCCCUUGCCAGAAAGCCACUCCCAAGGACUCUACGCAGCAAUCUAGAGGGGAGCUUUUAUUUAGGUAUGCAAUGUUUGUAUUGCAUCAUUACUUAGUACCCUUGCUCAGGUUUUAACAAGGAGCAUAGUCAUGCUAAUAUUCUUCCAGAUAAAUGUUUUUUAAGUCGGGACUUCUGUGACUAGUGAAAGUAAAGGUGUGCAAGUUGUUUCAUUUAAUUGUGCAAGCAAUUUACGUGGCAUGGACUGUAAAAUGUUUCAUCUGACUUAACACAGUGGAGCAAAACUGUUUUAUUAUUGCAAUAAAACUGUUAAGUGCUUUAACAUUGGUGAGUGCCCUGCUGUAUAAUUGUCCUUGCUCAUGUGCUUUUUUCACAAUUUGAAAAGUGCAAUAAAAUGAGUUUAUUGAAGCAAA